UAGUUAGCGAGCGCCUUUAAAAUUAUACCAUUUAAUAUGCACACAACACGCAUGCAACACACACACUCACACACCCAUUUGGCAAUGUUAAAAACAAAAUCCUUUUAAAAUAAUUUGCACAGUGGCAAAAACGAAAUACAAAAAACAAAAAAGAGAAGAACGGAAACGGAAACAGCAACUCACAACUCGAAGCUGCCGCAAGUCUAGGGGCUGACUUGGCAGUCAGCGAACUCUUGUCUAUUUAUGCAAAAAAUGUGCGCGUAUUUACAUAUACAUUUAUACUUAUAAUGCCAGGCUGAUGAAAUACGUGCGGUGGGUAGGCACACACAAACACACACACGUGCACACGUACACACACGCGUGUGACUUCCCUGAUGUCAAAUAUAAUUUUCUUUUUUCGCGUUCAUUUUGCACGCAUGGGAAACUCCCCUGGGUGGCACAAAAUCUUGCAGUUCCAGCAGUUUAAACUUUAAGUUUUUCUUGUCAAGAGAGAAGCGAACAGUAAGCAAACGAGAAAUUAAACAAAUCUAUGAAAAGCGAGAAUGGUGAGCGCAUUGAACGGCUUCGGCAUGGCAAUUGGCUGCAUGGACAUCACUGGAGCCGUCUUCUUUGAGCUGAUGAUUAUUUACAUGCUGUGUCGAAGAAACGGCGGCAGGACAACAGCUGACGACUCAAAGGAAAAGCAGCAGCAGCAGGGACAUGUGGCAACGUUCUAUGGCAACAGGGUACGCCCUUGGAUGCUGUGGAUUUAUCUGCUCCUAUUGAAUGUGUGGAUAGUCGUUUCAAUGCUCAUGCGGCUUCCACAGCAUAAGCCGCAGCUGCUGCUGUUCUGGCUGGUCUGGUGCUUUGGCGGACUUAUAUUCGAUGUGGUCUUUGUGGGUUUGUGGAUCGUGGAACUGCUAUCGGGCGAUGCCAUUGAGGCCCUGACCAACAUUUUGAUUUCAUUACUAACAAUGGCAAUUGAAUUUUCCUUCAUUUACGUUAUAUACAAUAUUUAUGGGAAUUUAACAAAGUCGCCCAAGGAGCAAGACAUCAACGGCAAUUCCUUGCUGCGCUUUUCACACUUCUUAUUUUAAUUUAACAAAUACUUAUUACAAACAAUAAAAAUCUUGCUUCAAACAUUUA